AUGUCGAAUCCCCUCUCGGUUCUCCAUGCUCAUCUAAUUCAGUUGUCAGAGACAAUUUUAAACUCUCUCUCUAAAACCCCCUACACACCGCCUGAAGGCACACCAAUCUCUGUAAAAUCCACACUCGAAACUCUCCUCUCAAUAAAAAACCCUAACCCUAACAAUAAUGCCAUAACCGAAACACUACUUUUCAAUUCAAUCAAAGACUUCACUUUAGCAUGUGCAUUGCUCUCCUCCUCUCAAUCCUCCACACACGAAUUGCUCUCCUGGAUCCCGAAGAACCUCUCAAUUGAAGCUAAUCGGGCGUUCAAUGAGUUAUCGAAAGCUUAUGUUGAGAGUGAUUUUGGUGACAGAAAUGAGAGGAGGAUUAGUGAGUUGUUGGGAGUGGAGUGUGGCGGUGGUGAUUUAGUGAGCGAAGAGAAGAGAUUGGUGAUUGAAUUGAUGCCUGAGGUUUUGCCUUUAUUGAAAGAUGGAAUUAAAGAGAGUUCGAUCGAUAAGAGUGUUGAUGGAGAUGAGAUUUCUGCCGCGUCUGCUAGGGCUCCUGUUGGAUUUGCAAUUGUCGCUGCUUAUCAAUUUAGAUGGUUUGUUACUAAGGUUGAUUAUCCAUAUUUGGGAAAGUUGUGUAAUUUUGUGCUUCCAUGUGCACUGACUGCGCUUGAUCACUGGUCACCGCAAGUGAAAGGACAAGGCAUGAUUAGUUGCACACAUCUUGCAAAAAACGUGGAUGCAGCAGAACUUGGUUGGUAUGAAGAUGUGAUUCUAGAUGCAUGCUGUCAGAAUAUUGUUUCCGAUGAUGAGAUAUGGUAUCAUGUAGUUGAGAUGUCCGUACUUCUGGUGACUUAUUUUCAGAGGACCAAUCCUCGCAGCCCAUGGUUUGAGAAGAUGCUAAAUGAGAUGCUAGGUCACUUGGAGCGCCAGCCAAGGAACAAGGAUCGCCGUGUUACUUGGCUUACAUGUGUAGAACCACUUUUACAUGGUGUUGGUCUUGUGUUAGUAGCUCAUUUUAGGCGAGUUUUUCCUCUUUUCUUUAAGUGGAUGCAUGCUGAUGAUGAUGAAACUGUUCUGCUGGUAAGAAUGCAUGCCUUUACCCAUGAAUUGGUGGAUGAACUUGCUUUGCUGUACAAGGAAGCAGCAUUAAGAAUAGCUCGAGAACAAAUCAGAUCAAGUGUCCUUGAGAUACUGAUCUUGCUCCAGCAAUGCAAGGGCCUGCAAUUCAAAGCAGCCUGGGACAAGCACAGUAACGAUCUGAAUUUGACAAGUCUUAGUCUAUCAUUAAGCUGCUUAGUCCAAAGAAGUGAGUCUAAACGUGCUGCAUGCAGUUAUAUCUCUUCCUGGAAGGACAUAUUUGGGAUUUGGCAGAUGUGCAAACGAAUUCUAUCAAGGCUCGCAGAGUUCUUCUCACUUCACUGUCUGUUUCACGAUCCGUAUGUAUUUGCCUGGAAGCCUCAAAAUCCAGACCGGAGCUCUUCAAGGUUUUAUGCCUUCAAGAAGCAUCCUGCUUCGUUUUGGGCCAGAAGGCAGAGGGCCAGGACGUUGUCCUCUUCAACAAGAACGGAAAGAGAAAUGACGACAAAGAUGGGGCCAGAGGAUCUGCUUGAUGAUCUUAUAGAGUUCAAUAUUUCUUUUAUUCCUUAA